AAGUUCUGUUGUGAAUAGUAAUAGGGCACUGGGACCUGUGCUAAUACAUUAAUUGCUGGACAUCUACACAACAUAUGUUGAAUCACACGUAAUACAUGACAGUCAUUUGAGUGGGAAUCUCAAAGCAGUUGAGUAGGCAGAAAAAAGAACCUCUUCACUAAGGAUUAAAAUGUAUAGGCCAGCACGUGUACCAUCGACUUCAAGAUUUCUGAAUCCGUAUGUAGUAUGUUUCAUUGUUGUCGCAGGGGUAGUGGUCCUUGCAGUGACCAUAGCUCUACUCGUUUACUUUUUAGCUUUUGAUCAAAAAUCUUAUUUUUACAGAAGCAGUUUUGAACUCCUAAAUGUUGAAUAUAAUAGUCAGCUAAAUUCACCAGCUACACAGGAAUACAGGACUUUGAGCGGAAGAAUUGAAUCUCUGAUUACUAAAACAUUCAAAGAAUCAAAUUUAAGAAAUCAGUUCAUCAGAGCUCAUGUUGUCAAACUGAGGCAAGAUGGUAGUGGUGUGAAAGCAGAUGUUGUCAUGAAAUUUCGAUUCACUAGAAAUAACAAUGGAGCAUCACUGAAAAGCAGAAUUCAGUCUAUUUUACGACAAAUGCUGAAUAACUCUGGAAACUUGGAAAUGAACCCUUCAACUAAUAUAACAGCAAUUACUAGUGAGGAUACAGCAGAUCUAGUUAUUAGAGAAUGUGGGGCCGGUCCAGACCUAGUAACAUUGUCUGAGCAGAGAAUCAUUGGAGGCACUGAGGCUGAAGAGGGAGGCUGGCCGUGGCAAGUCAGUCUACGGCUCAAUAAUGCCCAUCACUGUGGAGGCAGCCUGAUCAGUAACAUGUGGAUCCUGACAGCAGCUCAUUGCUUCAGAAGCAACUCUAAUCCUCGUCAAUGGAUUGCCACCUUUGGUAUUUCCACAAGAGAUCCUAAACUGAAAAACAGAGUAAGAAGUAUUUUAAUCCAUGACAAUUAUAAAUCUGCAACUCAUGAAAAUGACAUUGCACUUGUGAUGCUUGAGAAAAGUGUCACCUUUACCAAAGAUAUCCAUAGUGUGUGUCUCCCAGCCGCUACCCAGAAUAGUCCACCUGGCUCUACUGCUUAUGUAACAGGAUGGGGAGCUCGAGAAUAUUCCGGCCCCACAGUUACAGAACUAAGGCAAGGACAGGUCAGAAUAAUAAGUAAUGAUGUAUGUAAUGCACCAUAUAGUUAUAAUGGAGCCAUCUUGCCUGGAAUGCUGUGUGCUGGAUUACCUCAAGGUGGAGUGGAUGCAUGCCAGGGUGACUCUGGUGGCCCGCUAGUACAAGAAGACUCACGACGGCUUUGGUUUCUUGUGGGGAUAGUAAGCUGGGGAGAGGAGUGUGGCCUGCCAGAUAAGCCAGGAGUAUAUACUCGAGUGACCGCCUACCUUGACUGGAUCAGGCAACGAACUGGGAUCUAAUGCAACAAGUGCAUCCCUGUUGCAAAGUCUGUAUGCAGGUGUGCCUGUCCUGAAUUCCAAAGCAUCACUUUUCAGCUGA